AUUAGAAUGAGUAGCUAGCUAAUGUAAGGAAGGAAAAUGGUGAAGAAAACGAUUAAGUUUGACCCUGGCGCUGUACUGGAUCGGGUUAUCGCAUCAGCUGACCCAUCUGACAGCUGCUAUUUGUAUAAACUCGCGGAUUUUAGAAAAUCUGGUCAGCUGGUGGAUGCUUUCAAUACAGGUGGAUCAAAGGCUCUUGAGGAUAUAAUCGGUCAGCUGGGUUCUCUAAUGUACUGGAAUGGCCAGGGUGAGCUGAUUACUCGAACUGAGUACAUGAGAUGGAAGUACAGAAACAAUAAGGAGGAAACUAUCUGUAUUGAUGAAUCUGGCAUGACCCAGUUUGAUCCUCUUCACACCUGGGUGGACCACAAAGCAGUUUGGAAAAUGCAGUAUCGAGGGAGCCUGGGUGAAAGUUUGCUCCAUAUUCUGAUAAUGGGAAACAGUUUAAUUCAUACUAAGAUUGCUAGAACACUUCUCAGGCACUUCCCAGCCUGUGCCAUAGAUAAAAUAGAGGGUGAGGAGUAUAAUGGAUUAACUGCACUUCAUCUUGCGAUAGCUUACGGGAACGAUGAAGUGGCAGAAGUUCUUGUCAGCUGUGGAGCUGAUGUAACAGCUAGAGCAGUUGGAACAUUUUUUCAUCCAACAGAUCAGCAGAAUACUAAUCCAACAGCAGAUACUGAUUAUGAGGGGCUGGCCUACCUGGGUGAGUACCCCCUGGCCUGGUCCGUCUGUAUCCCCCUGUAUAUCCCCUUGUAUCUAAUUAUAGAACACGGAGGGGAUCCUGAUGCACAGGAUACCUACGGGAACACUGUGCUUCAUAUGGUCGUUAUAGUAGAGCAGUUGGGUAUGUUUGGAUAUGCGCUGAAGCACCCUGUAAAGAAAGCAAACCAUAUGGUGGCAAAUAAUAGAAAUCUUACUAGUCUCACCUUGUCUUGUGAACUUGGUAGAGACACAAUUUUUCAGGAAAUGCUUGAGAUGUCCUGUGUAGAGUUCUGGAGAUAUUCUAAUAUAACAUGUUGUGGAUAUCCAUUGGGUGCUUUGGAUUCUAUAUCCUCUGAUGGGUCAACAAACUGGGGAUCCGCCAUGAUGCUCAUUUUGGCGGGAACCAAGGAGGAACAUCUGAAUAUGUUGGAGGGGGGAAUAAUUGCUAAACUACUCGAUGAGAAGUGGAGUACAUAUGCACAGGCAUUUUUUAUGAAGAGACUUUUUCUUCUUAUUCUUCAUUUAACAACAUUAUCAUGCGCUGUUUAUCUCAGACCAACAUUCUCUGAAAGUCUCCUGAAAGGACUUAAGUCAGGAACUGAUGACCCGGGCGCUGAAGAAAUAAGCAGAUAUUGCUUUGAGAUUGCAACCCUCCUGGGCUGUGUUGGAUUUAUGUUAUUUCAACUUGGAGGAGAAAUAAAGAAUGCUGGUGCUGAUGUAUGCUGGAGGAACCUGAAAUCAGCUCCACCGAAACUUCUUUACGUCGUUUCUAAUUUCCUUAUUCUGGGCUGUAUACCGGCCAGAUUAUUACAGUUUGGGAAAGAUGAAGAUAAAUAUAGGAUUGUUGAGGAGGCUUUUUUAAUAUUUGGAGUUCCAGGUUCAUGGUUCUAUCUUAUGUUCUUCUGCGGAGCAAUUAAACUUACAGGUCCUUUUGUGACAAUGAUAUUCAAGAUGAUAACUGGAGAUAUGUUCACUUUCUCAAUCAUCUACUCAAUCAUGCUUCUAGGUUUCAGUCAGGCUUUUUUCUUUAUCAUAAAAGAUCACGAAGACGCAGAGCUAUAUGAAGAUUACCACACAACUUGGAUAGGAAUGUUCCAUAUGACCCUGGGCGAAUAUGAUUAUCCCCUGCUGGGAACUACUCCCUAUCCUAAAAUGGCGAAGAUCGUCUUUGUUCUAUUCCAGAUCCUGAUUCCAAUCCUUCUCCUCAACAUGUUGAUCGCCAUGAUGGGGAAUACCUACGGGAUUGUUAUUGAGUCGGCUGAGAAGGAGUUCUUGAAAGCCUGGGCAAAGGUAAUAAUGUCUCUAGAAAGAUCUGUAACUAAGGAGCAAGCAAAGGAGUUCCUGGAAUCUUACUCAAUUGCUCUUGGUCCGACGGAGAGGGGUGUGAUGGUAAUAAAAGCUAAAGACAAAACGCGCGCGGCUCAGAGGAAAGGCGCGCUGAAGAACUGGAAGAAAACUGGGAAAACCAUUAUUAAAUAUCUAAGGAAGAGAGAUAUUAGCGGAGAUGAUUUGCGACGUGAGUUCUGGGUUCACGAGGAGGCAAGUACACCGAAGAAGAAGAAGAAAUCAGGUAGAGGAUAUGAUAUCGCGAAGCAGAAUGAAGCGACUAAAGACGCUACUGCUGCAACUAAAGCUGCUGCUACCACUACUACUGCUGCUCCUGAAACUGCUCCCAAACCAACAGGUUCAUCUUCUCUACCCCCGAUAGCUCAGGACACUAAGAAAAUUACUGUGGAUAUACAGAAUAUCCAGGAUAUGAAAACACCAAGAGGAGGAAUAAAGAAAUCUAGACAGCAGAGGAAAGAAGAAUUGUUUAAGAAGAAACGAGCUAAAUCUGCACUAAAAAAGAAGGUGAUGUCUGUGGACCUCGGUCUGUACCCCUUGGAUACUGACUCGUCGGACGACGACAUCUACACAGAGACCGUCUGGUGGGAGGCCGCCGACAACCUUGCAUUCGUCGGGGACGACGGACCUCCAAUCGUCCCCCCAGAUAAUGACCCUCCUCCUCCGUACGUGUCUCCGCCUCCUGUCCAACCUUCACCUCCGACGGAGAUAUCAACGGUACAUCCUGCUAGUCCGGAGAAUACGAAACAAGACGAGUGAUCAGAUUUCGGGAACUGUCCCUUAAAGAGACUGUAAGCGUAAUUUCAAGUGACCCUAAGUGCAUAGAUGGCAAUGUUCGAUUCUGAACGGUAUACACCCUUGAUACGUUUAUCUAAUCAAUUAUUUAUUUAUUUUUCUAGGCUUUAACGUAAAAAAUUCGAUUCUAAAAAUUUCAUAGCUGAUGAUGUCAGGACGGCUGAAGACGUAUUUUCAUUUAAUUAUUUUUUUAUACAAAACCUAUUUUUAAAUCCCCCCGAUGAGGAAAAAAGUAAUAAAGGGAAAUUCAAUUUUGUUACGAAUAUAUAAAAAGGGUUGCAUUUUUCGCAUUUCGUUCACCAGAGUUAAAUGCAAAAAAUGUAUCCAAAAAAAAAUACGGAAGAGAAAUUAUUA